GACAACGGUGACAACGGUGACAACGAUAACAACAGUGACAACAGUGACAACAGUGACGACGGUGACAACGGUGACAACAGAGACAACAGUGACAACGAUGACAACAAUGACAACAGUGACAACAGUGACAACGAUGACAACGGUGACACCGAUGACAACAGUAACAACAGUGACAAAAGCAACAACGAUGACAACGGUGACAACGAUGACAACGAUGACAACGAUGACAACGGUGACAACAAUGACAACGGUGACAACAGUGAAAAUGGUGACAACGGUGACAACGAUGACAAUGGCGACAACAGUGACAACAGUGACAACGGUGACAACGACGACAACGGUGACAACGGUGACAACGAUGAAAACGGUGACAACGGUGACAACGGUGACAACAGUGACAACGAUGACAACGGUAACAACGGUGACAACGGUAACAAUGGUGACAACGGUGACAAGAGUGACAAGAGUGACAACGGUGACAAUGGUGACAACAGUGACAACAGUGACAACAGUGAAAACGGUAACAACAGUGACAACGGCGACAACGGUGAAAACAAUGACAACAGUGACAACGAUGACAACGGUGACAACGAUGACCACGGUGACAACAGUGAAAAGGAUGACAACGGUGACAACCGUGCCAACGAUACCAACGGUGACAACAGUGAGAAGGAUGACAACGGUGACAACCGUGACAACGAUAACAACGGUGACAACAGUGACAACGAUGACAACAGUGACAACAGCUCGACAACGGUAACAACGAAGACAACGGUGACAACGAUGACAACAGUGACAACAGUGACAAACGUUACAAGAGUAACAACAGUGACAACGAUGACAACGGUGACAACGAUGAGAACAGUGGCAACGAUGACAACAGUGACAACGGUGACAACAGUGACAACGAUGACAACGGUGACAACGGUGACAACGAUGGCAACGGUGACAAAGAUGACAACGACGAGAACGGUGACAACGGUGACACUGGUGACAACGAUGACGACGAGAACAGUGACAACGAUGACCAAAGUGACAACGAUGAAAACGGUGACAACGAUGACAACGGUGAAAACUGUGACAACGAUGACAACGGUGACAACGAUGACAACGGUGACAACGAUGACAACAGUGACAACAGUGACAACAGUGAAAACGAUAAAAACGGUGAGAACGAUGACAACGGUGACAACGAUGACAACGGUGACAACGGUGACAACGGUGACAACCGUGACAAUCGUGACAACGCUGACAACAGUGACAACGAUGACAACAGUGACAACGGUGACAACGGUGACAACGGUGACAACAGUGACAACGAUGACAACAGUGACAACAGGGACAACAGUGACAACAGCAACAACAGUGAAAACAGUGACAACAAUCACAACAGUGACAGCGGUGACAACAGUGACAACAGUAAUAACAGUAACAACAGUGAAAACGGUGACAACAGUGACAACAGUGAUAACGAUGACAACAGUAACAACGGUGACAACGGUGACAACAGUGACAACGGUGACAACGGUGACAAUGGUGACAACGAUGACAACAGUGACAACAGUGAAAACGUUGACAACGAUGACAACGGUGACAACGAUGACAACGGUGACAACGGUGACAACACUGACAACAGUGACAACGGUGACAAGGGUGACAACGAUGACAAUAGUGACAACAGUGACAACAGUGACAACGGUGACAAAAAUGACAACGAUGACAACGGUGACAACGAUGACAACAGUGACAACAGUGACAAAAGUGACAACGGUGACAACGGUGACAACGGUGACAACGAUGACAACGGUGACAACGUUGAGAAGGAUGACAACGGUGACAACGGAGGAAACAGUGACAACGAUGACAACAAUGAGAACAGUUACAACAGUGACAACGAUGACAACGGUAACAGCGAUGACAACAAUAACAACAGUGACAAAAGCAACAACGAUGACAACGAUGACACCGAUGACUACGAUGACAACAAUGACAACGGUGACAACGGUGACAACAGUGAAAAUGGUGACAACGGUGACAACGGCGACAACGAUGACAAUGGUGACAACGGUGAAAACGGUGACAAGAGUGACAACGAUGACAACCGUAACAACGGUGACAACGGUAACACUGGUGACAACGGUGACAAAAGUGACAACGGUGACAAUGGUGAACACAGUGACAACGGUGACAACAGUGAAACCGAUGACAACGGUGACAACGAUGACGAUAGUGACAACAGUGACAACAGUGACAACGGUGACAAAGAUGACAACGAUGACAACGGUGACAACGAUGACAACAGUGACAACAGUGAAAACAGUGAGAACGAUGACAACGGUGACAACGAUGACAACGGUGACAACGGUGACAACGGUGACAACAAUGACAACGGUGACAACAGAGACAACAGUGACAACGAUGACAACUAUAAGAACAGUGACAACAGUGACAACGAUGACAACGGUAACAGCGAUGACAACAGUAACAACAGUGACAAAAGCAACAACGAUGACAACGGUGACAACGAUGACAACGAUGAUAACGAUGACAACGACGACAACGGUGACAACAAUGACAAUGGUGACAACGGUGACAACAGUGUAAAUGGUGACAACGGUGACAACGAUGACAAUGGUGACAACGAUAAAAACGGUGACAACAGUGACAACAGUGACAACGAUGACAACGGUAACAACGGCGACAAAAGUGACAACGAUGACAACCGUAACAACGGUGACAACGGUAACAAUGGUGAACACAGUGACAACGGUGACAACAGUGACAACAGUGAGAAGGGUAACAAUAGUGACAACAGUGACAACGGUGACAACAGUGACAACGGUGACAACGGUGACAACAAUGACAACGGUGACAACGGUGACAACAAUGACAACAGUGACAACGGUGACAACGGUGACAACAGUCUCAACGAUGACAACGAUGACCACGGUGACAACAGUGACAAGGGGGAGAAGGGUAACAAUAGUGACAACAGUGACAACGGUGACAAAAGUGACAACGGUGACAACGGUGACAACAGUGACAACAGUGACAACAGUGACAACGGUGACAAUGGUGAACACAGUGACAACGGUGAGAACAGUGACAACAGUGAGAAGGGUAACAAUAGUAACAACAGUGACAACGGUGACAACGGUGACAACAGUCUCAACGAUGACAACGAUGACCACGGUGACAACAGUGACAAGGAUGACAACGGUGACAACUGUGACAACGAUAACAACGGUGACACCAGUGACAACAGCUCGACAACGGUAACAACGAAGAUAACGGUGACAACGAUGACAACAGUGAAAACAGUGACAACAGUUACAACAGUAACAACAGUGACAACGAUAACAACGGUGACAACAAUGAAAACAGUGGCAACGAUGACAACAGUGACAACGGUGACAACAGUGAAAACGAUGACAACGGUGACAACAGUGACAACAGUGACAACGGUGACAAGGGUGACAACGGUGACAAGGGUGACAACGGUGACAACGGUAACAGCGAUGACAACAGUGACAACAGUGACAACGGUGACAAAGAUGACAACGAUGACAGCGAUGACAACAGUGACAACGAUGACAAUAGUGACAACAGUGACAACAGCAACAACGAUGACAACGGUGACAACGAUGACAACGAUCACAAUGAUGACAACAAUGACAACGGUGACAACAGUCACAACGGUGACAACGGUGACAACGAUGACAAUGGUGACAACAGUGACAACGGUGACAACGAUGACAACGGUGACAACAAUGACAAAGGUGACAACGAUGACAACGAUGACAACGGUGACAACGAUGACAAGCGUGACAACGAUGACAACAGUGACAACAGCGACAACGAUGACAACAAUGACAAAAGUGACAACAGUGACAACGAUGACAACGGUGACAGCCAUGACAACAGUGACAACAAUCACAACAGUGACAGCAAUGACAAAGGUGACAACGGUGACAACGAUGACAACGGUGACAAUGAUGACAACCGUGACAACAGUGACAACAGUGACACCGAUGACAACGGUGACAACAAUGACAACGGUGAGAACAAUGACAACGAUGACAACGGGGACAACGGUGACAACAGUGACAACGAUGAGAACAGUGACAACGAUGAAAACGGUGACAACGGUGACAACAGUGACAACAAUGACAAUAGUGACAACAGUGACAACAGCGACAACAGUGACAACAGUGAGAACAAUGACAACAGUGACAGCGGUGACAACAGUGACAACAGUGACAAAAGUAAUAACAGUAACAACGGUGAAAACGGUGACAACAGUGACAACAGUGAUAACGAUGACAACGGUAACAACGGCGACAACAGUGACAACAGUGACAACAGUGACAACGGUGACAAUGGUGACAACGGUGACAAAGAUGACAACAGUGACAACAGUGAAAACGUUGACAACGAUGACAACGGUGACAACGAUGAAAACGGUGACAAGGGUGACAACGGUGACAACGGUGACACCGGUGACAACAGCGACAACAGUGAAGACAAUGACAACAGUGACAGCGGUGACAAAAGGGACGACAGUAAUAACAGUAACAACGGUGAAAACGGUGACAACAGUGACAACAGUGAUAACGAUGACAACGGUAACAACGGUGACAACGGUGACAACAGUGACAACAGUGACAACGGUGAGAACGGCGACAACGGUGAAAAUGGUGACAACGGUGACAACGAUGACAACAGUGACAACAGUGGAAACGUUAACAACGAUGACAACGGUGACAACAGUGACAAGGAUGACAACGGUGACAACCGUGACAACAGUGACAACGGUGACAAGGGUGACAACGGUGACAAGGAUGACAAUAGUGACAACAAUGACAACGGUGACACCGCUGACAAAGGUGCCAACGGUGACAACGAUGAAAACAGUGACAACGGUGACAACGGUGACAACGGUGCAACGAUGACAACGGUGACAACGAUGACAACAGUGAUAACAGUGACAACGAUGACAACGGUGACAGCGAUGACAACAGUGACAACGAUGACAACAGUGACAACAGCAACAACGAUGACAACGGUGACAACGAUGACAACGAUGACAACGAUGACAACAAUGACAACGGUGACAAGGGGGACAACGGUGACAACGGUGACAACGAUAACAAUAGUGACACCAGUGACAACAGUGACAAAGGUGACAACGAUGACAACGAUGACAACGGUGACAACGAUGACAACAGUGACAACAGUGACAACGGUGACAACGAUGAGAACGAUGACAACGGUGACAACGAUGACAACAGUGACAACAGUGACAACGAUGACAACAGUAACAGCGAUGACAACAGUGACAACGAUGACAAGAGUGACAACGGUGACAACGGUGACAACAGUGACAAGUGCAACAACGAUGACAACGGUGACAACGAUGACAACGAUGACGACGAUGACAACGGUGACACCAAUGACAACGGUGACAACGGUGACAACGGUGACAACGAUGACAACAGUAACAGCAGUGACAAGAGUGACAACAGUAAUAACAGCAACAACGGUGAAAACGGUGACAACAGUGACAACGGUGACAACAGUGACAAGAGUGACAACGAUGACAACGGCGACAACGGUGACAAUGGUGACAACGCUGACAACGAUGACAACAGUGACAACAGUGAAAACGUUGACAACGAUGACAACGGUGACAACAGUGACAAGGAUGACAACAACGGUGAAAAGGAUGACAAUAGUGACAAAACUGACAACGGUGACAACGAUGACAAAGGUGACAACGGUGACAACGAUGACAACAGUGACAAAGGUGACAACGGUGCAACGAUGACAACGGUGACAACGAUGACAACAAUGACAACAGUGACAACAGUGACAACAAUGACAACGGUGACAACGAUGACAACAGUGCCAACGAUGACAACAGUGACAACAGUGACAAGAGUCACAACAGCAACAACGAUGACAACGGUGACAACGAUGACAACGAUGACAACGAUGACAACAAUGACAACGGUGACAAGGGUGACAACGCUGACAACGAUAACAAUAGUGACAACAGUGACAACAGUGACAACGGUGACAACGAUGACAACGAUGACAACGGUGACAACGAUGAUGACAAUGACAACAGUGACAACGAUGACAACGGUGACAGCGAUGACAACAGUGACAACGAUGACAACAGUGACAACGGUGACAACAGUGACAAGUGCAACAACCAUGACAACGGUGACAACGAUGACAACGAUGACGACGAUGACAACGGUGACAACAAUGACAACGGUGACAACGGUGGCAACAAUGACAAUAGUGACAACAGUCACAACAGCGACAACAAUGACAACAGUGAC